GUGGAGAAAAUUUGAUCAUCAUCUAAAACCCAACAACUCAUUCAACUCUUCUUACGCUAAUAACAAGUUCUCUCUAAUUUAUGUUUUAAUCACUCUUUACCAUUCCAUUUAGGAUUAUGGCUAAUCGGAACUACAAAGGCUUAGAUUCCGUCACUGUUGCUGAUGUUGAAGCUCUGGGAAUACCCACUGAACUAGCCGGCAUAAUUUACGAAAAGGUGAGCCGAAUUGUUGGUGAUUACGGGGCUGCCACUCCCCAAACAUGGCACUGUAUCUCCAAAGAAGUACUCAAUCCAAACAUUCCUUUCACUUUCCAUCAGAUGAUGUAUUAUGGAUGCUAUAAGGAUUUUGGGCCUGACCCGCCUGCCUGGUUACCCGACCCAAGAAAUGCACGGUUGACCAAUGUUGGUCAACUACUGGAGAGGCGUGGAAAGGAGUUUUUGGGAUCAAAAUAUGAAGACCCAAUUUCUAGCUUCUCUGAUUUUCAGAGAUUUUCAGUCUCCUACCAAGAGGUAUAUUGGAAAACCAUAUUGGAGGAAAUGAAUAUUUCAUUUUCAGUUGCCCCUGAAUGUAUUUUACGUGAGAUUCCAUCUCAUCCAGGUGGUCAGUGGCUUCCUGGAGCACGAGUGAAUCCAGCAAAGAAUUGCCUCUGUCUAAGAAAGAGGGCUUUAAGUGAUGUAGCCAUAGUGUGGCGAAGUGAAGGAAAUGAUGAAGCACCUGUUGAUAAGAUGACCUUGCAGGAGUUACUUGAAUCAGUUUGGGCAGUUGCAUAUGCUCUUGAAACCCUGGGUUUGGAGAAAGGAUCUGCCAUAGCUAUAGAUAUGCCGAUGGAUGUUAAUUCUGUGGUGAUCUAUUUGGCCAUUGUUCUUGCUGGUUAUGUAGUUGUGUCCAUUGCUGAUAGUUUUGCCCCAAGUGAAAUUUCGACGAGGCUCAUCUUAUCAAAAGCAAAAGCAAUUUUUACUCAGGAUUUUAUUUCCCGUGGAGAUAAAAAGAUACCCUUGUACAGUCGAGUUGUUGAUGCUCAUUCACCGAUGGCAAUUGUGAUUCCCAAUAGAGCCUCCAGCUUGAGCAUAGAAUUACGUGAUGGAGACAUCUCUUGGCCUGACUUUUUAGAGAGAGUGAAAGAUUCCAAGGGACUUGAGUUUGUUGCUGUUGAACAACCUAUUGAUGCAUUUACGAACAUUCUGUUCUCAUCUGGCACAACAGGAGAUCCAAAGGCAAUUCCAUGGACUCUCCUCACACCUUUCAAGGCGGCUGCUGAUGGGUGGUGCCAUAUGGACAUUAAAAGAGGCGAUGUUGUUGCUUGGCCCACUAAUCUUGGGUGGAUGAUGGGACCUUGGCUCGUUUACGCUUCACUGUUGAAUGGGGCAUCCAUUGCCUUGUAUAAUGGAUCUCCCCUUGGUUCUGGCUUUGCCAAGUUUGUACAGGAUGCUAAAGUAACUAUGCUUGGGGUGAUCCCAAGUAUAGUGAGGACUUGGAAAGCGAAGAAUUCUCCUGAUGGCUAUGAUUGGUCGACCAUCCGUUGCUUUGGCUCCACUGGUGAGGCAUCUAGCGUGGAUGAAUAUCUUUGGCUGAUGGGAAGAGCUGAAUAUAAACCAAUAAUUGAGUAUUGCGGCGGUACAGAGAUUGGUGGCUCCUUCGUCUCUGGGUCAUUGUUGCAGCCGCAGUCUUUAGCCGCUUUCAGCACAGCAGUCAUGGGAUGUAGUCUUCAUAUUCUAGGCGAUGAUGGUUUUCCUAUACCAUCAGAUGUUCCUGGGAUCGGUGAAUUGGCCCUUGGUCCUCUCAUAUUUGGAGCUUCAAGUACAUUGCUGAACGCGGACCACAAUGAGGUCUACUUCAAAGGAAUGCCUGUUUUUAAUGGAAAGGUUCUAAGAAGGCAUGGGGAUGUGUUUGAACGUACUUCUAAAGGAUAUUACCAUGCACAUGGUCGUGCAGAUGAUACAAUGAACCUAGGGGGUAUAAAGGUGAGUUCACUUGAGAUUGAGCGAAUAUGCAAUGUAGUAGAUGAAAAUAUACUAGAGACAGCAGCAGUUGGAGUACCGCCUGCUGGAGGUGGGCCCGAGAAGUUGGUAAUUGCUGUCGUGUUCAAGGGUUCAGAUAAAUUGGAGCACGACUUGGUUAAUUUGCUGAUUUCUUUCAACACAGCUUUGCAGAGGAAGUUGAAUCCAUUGUUCAAGGUUUCCAGUAUAGUUCCUCUCCCUUCCCUUCCAAGAACAGCAACAAAUAAAGUCAUGAGAAGGGUACUGAGGCAGCAGUUUUCUCAAGCAGAUCAAGGUUCCAGACUCUGAACUACAUAAUUCCCAAUGAAGGCACUUUACGUAACAAAUCUUGUUAUUUAGAAACAGCAAUUCAAGUAGUUGAUCCAUAUGUUUGUUGUGUUGUAACAUAUGUACUUUACAUGUGAAUUGGAUGUAUUCCGCGAAAGGAAAUAAUGGUUUAUGUAUUCUAAAAUGGAGAUUGCCAGUUUCGAUCCA